UUAUACGCGAUCUCUUAAUUUUAUUGAAUGGUCAUUUGAGUAAAGCCGGCGACUGGAGUGGAUUGGUUUUCGGUUGUAUUAUUAGUUAAUUGAUUAUUUCGCAAUGUUAUGUUUGUUAUUAUGUGUUAUUAUAAUUUGAAGAUUGUUUUUAUGUACUGCAGAGAUCGCUGUGUGUAUUGGCAGUGUUAAAUAUUAUGAUAAUAAGUGCGGUUGGCUUGAAUAUUUGUAAUCAUUUUACUGUUAAAUUGAGAAUACAGUCUACUGAACCAUAACAUAAUUUGAAUUGUUGUAUUUAACCAAACCAAUAAACAUAAGUGCAAUCAGCCUUCUUUACUCUUCCACUAUGGAUGAAUUUUGUGGGUCCGAAUUUUGGAACACCAACUUAACAUGGCACACAAAUGAUCCUGAUCUUACGCUGUGCUUCCAAAAGACCAUAUUAAUUUGGACACCGUGUCUGCUUUUGUGGUUAUUUUUGUGGCUGGAAAUUGCUUAUGCUAAACGAUCGAUGAAUCGAAAUAUUCCAUGGGGAAUCUUGAAUAUUAGCAAAUUGAUUUUUACGGUGUCAUUGAUCUUAUUAACAACAAGUGAUUUUUGCAUAGCAGUAAGCUUGAACAAGAGCGGGAAUAUAUUCCCAGCAGAUUAUUAUACACCGAUGAUAAAGGUUUCAUCAUUCAUAUUGUCCGGCUUUUUAGUAUAUUUAAAUAAAAGAAAUGGCUUGCAAUCGUCGGGUGUGCUGUUCCUCUUCUGGUUUUUCCUGUUUCUGUUCAGCAUACCGCAAUGUCGAAGUGAAAUUCGUCGCCGUAACACCAGAAAGCAGAAUGGAAUCGAAGACUUUUGGGACGAUUAUAACUUCGUUAGUUUCAUGGUUUUCUAUGCGAUUACAUCGAUUGUAUUUUUAUUAAAUUGUUUUGCGGACCAAGAUCCUCAAGAGACCAAAUAUCCAAAGACAAAGAAACCUUGUCCAGAAUCAAGUUCCAACUUUGUAUCGAAAUUGUUGUUUUCGUGGUUCGAUACAAUGGCGUGGAAAGGAUAUAAAGCUCCUCUAACACAAGACGAUCUAUGGGAUCUUAAACCAGAGGACACAACCACGGAAAUCUAUCCUGAAUUCACCAGGCAUUGGGAAGAAGCUCGAAAUGCUUCGGUAAAGAGAAAUGGAAAAUCUUCAGUUAAAUCACAGAACAAGGCAUCUAUACUACCAGCUCUGUUUAAAACUUUUUGGACUUACCUUCUUUUCGGUUGGCUGCUGAAGCUAGCCUGCGAUAUCAUUACAUUUAUGCUACCACAAUUGCUUGGUUUAACCAUUGAGUUCGUUGAUUCUAGCACAGGCGAAAAUCGACCCGAAAUGUGGAAGGGAAUCAUGUACGCAGUUUUACUAUUUAUUGUUGCCAGUCUUCAGUCUAUACUAUUUCAACAAUACUUUCACCGAAUGUACAUAAUUGGUUUUCGAAUCCGAACGGCAUUAAUCAGUGCCAUCUAUCGCAAAGCGUUGGUGAUCUCGAACGCAACGAGAAAAGAGUCGACCGUGGGUGAAAUUACAAAUUUGAUGAGCAUCGAUGCUGAUCGUUUCACACAAAUAAUGUUGUCGAUUGAUCUGAUAUGGUCAGCUCCACUGCAAAUUGCCAUAGCAAUGUACUUUUUGUGGUCAAUGUUGGGUGCGGCUGUCUUAGCCGGUCUGGCUGUUAUGAUAGUGUCAAUGCCGAUCACGGGCAUUUUACUAAAUAUGAUGCGAAGGUAUUUUACGAAGCAAAUGGCCAACAAGGACGAACGAAUUAAGAUGAUGAGUGAAAUCUUAAAUGGAAUCAAGGUACUUAAAUUGUAUGCCUGGGAAAACAGUUUCCAAAAUUCAAUAAGCAGCAUCCGUAACAAGGAAGUGAAAACUUUGAGGAAGUCAGCAUACCUUUCGUCUUUCGUCAAUUUGAUUUGGUUCGUUGUGCCGUAUCUUGUGUCGCUGUUCACCUUUGGAGUAUUUGUACUGAUUGACGAAAAUAACGUCUUGACUCCUCAAAUCGCUUUCGUUUCAUUGAAUUUGUUCAAUAUAAUUCGCUUUCCAUUGAUACUUCUACCAGACUUGGUGUCUCAUUUGAUUCAAGCCAGAGUAUCCAUCACUCGAAUUAAUAAGUUCCUAAACAGCGAAGAACUGGACAUGAACAGCAUCGAGUAUUUAGUAAAAGAGAAUUCGCCGCUACUAAUGGAGAAUGGAACGUUCUCGUGGAAUGAUGAAGAAGAAAUACUUUCGUCCAUUAACGUGAGAGUAGAAACUGGAAGUCUUGUAGCUGUGGUUGGAAACGUUGGUUCAGGCAAGAGCUCUCUACUGUCUGCUUUCCUUGGCGAAAUGAACAAAAUUUCUGGCAGAGUACACAUCGUUGGAACAAAAGCUUAUGUGUCCCAACAAGCAUGGAUCCAAAACUGUACGUUGCGAGCAAAUAUUCUGUUUGGGAAGCCAUACAACGAGCACAGAUAUCAAAAAGUCAUAGAAGCUUGCGCCUUGAAACCAGACAUCGAGAUUCUACCAGCCGGAGAUCUAACCGAAAUUGGCGAGAAGGGAAUCAAUUUGUCGGGUGGCCAGAAACAACGAAUUAGUUUGGCGAGAGCUGUGUACCAUGAUGCCGAUAUUUAUCUUCUCGAUGAUCCAUUGAGUGCGGUGGACGCUCAUGUUGGCCAGCACAUUUUCGAAAAGGUCAUUGGUCCAACUGGAAUGCUGGCCUCUAAGACAAGGGUUAUGGUGACCCAUGCAAUAAACUAUUUACCGAAAGUGGACAAUAUUUUCGUCUUGGAAAAUGGAAAAGUUUCCGAGUCAGGCUCAUAUACCACACUGUUGACAAAGAAGGGGACAUUCGCCGAAUUUCUGUUGCAACAUAUACAAGAAGUUAACUCAGAUGAUGAGGAAAUUGAUGAUUUGAAAUUAAAAAUUUCAAAGUUGGAAGUAAUCGAUGAUGAGCUAGUGAGGAAAUUGGACAGAAGCAUCAGUAAAAGCAGCCAGAAAAAUGACAACGCAGUAUCUAAAUCACAAAUCACCAAUCCAUUGUCAAGGCAAUCAUCGGAAACCAGUGAAAAAGACGAGAUACCUAAGGCCAAAGACAAAUUGAUUGAUGAAGAGGAGCUGCAUGUGGGAAAUGUUAAGUACGAGGUCUACAAAUAUUACAUCAAGUGUGUCGGUAUUAAAUGGAUAGUAUUGAUGCUGUUGGCCAACAUAGUGUUUCAGAGCGUUUCGAUUGGCUCGAACAUAUGGUUGUCGAGAUGGUCAUCAGACUCUAACGCAGCAACCGAUACUCAACUUCGGGAUACGUAUUUGGGAGUUUACGGUGCGCUUGGUCUGUUAAUUGUAGUCUCAGGAUUUGUACUUGACCUUGCACCUCGACUCGGCGGAUUGGUAGCGGGAGUACGUUUGCAUCUGACGUUGUUGCGUGGAAUCCUUCGGGCUCCGCUAUCAUUUUUCGAAACCACUCCAACUGGACGAAUUUUGUCUCGAUUCGCUAACGAUAUCGAUGGCAUUGACAAUACUCUGCCAGAAAUGUUAGCAGGUGCAGGUGGACUUGUCUUCGAAGUUUUGGGCGUUAUAGUUGUGAUAUCAAUAUCAACAAAGCUCUUCUGUGUUGCUAUCGUUCCAAUUGCUAUUUUGUAUUACUUUCUUCAGAACAUUUACAUAUCCGCGUCACGACAACUGAAACGUCUUUCAUCUGUAUCAAGGUCCCCCAUUUACUCUCACUUUGGUGAAACACUACAAGGUGCGCCCACUAUUCGAUCGUUUUCCGUUCAAACGAGAUUCAUAAAUGAAUCUGAUGAACGAGUCAAUGCUAAUCAGGCUUCACAACACGCAAACAUUGUAGCUAAUCGUUGGCUUGGUGUUCGAUUGGAAAUGGUUGGCGGUCUUAUCAUCUUCUUUGCUGCAUUGUUCGCUGUUUUGAAUCGGGAUACGAUUUCAUCGGGAAUAGCAGGGCUAUCAAUUGCUUAUUCGCUCCAAAUAACGAAGAGCUUGAAUUGGCUAGUUCGUAUGGUUUCAGCUUUAGAAACUGAAGCUGUUUCUGUGGAACGCCUUAAGGAGUACUCUCAAACUAAGUCUGAAGCUCCCUGGAACAUACCGUCGCAAUCGCUACCGAAGAAUUGGCCAGAGAUCGGUACAGUUCAGUUCAAUAAUUUCGACCUGAGAUAUCGAGAUGGUUUAGAGUUAUCAUUAAAGGGACUCUCGUUCAAAAUAAAUGGCGGUGAGAAGGUUGGGAUUGUCGGUCGCACUGGAGCCGGAAAGUCAAGCUUAACGUUGGCAUUAUUCCGUAUCAUAGAGUCUUCUGGCGGAUCGAUUCUAAUCGAUGGACAAGACAUUUCGCAAUUGGGUCUCCAUGAGUUGCGGUCACGCUUGACGAUUAUUCCCCAAGAUCCGGUUUUAUUUUCGGGAACGCUUCGCUUGAAUUUGGAUCCAUUCGAGCAGAAAAGCGAUGACGAACUAUGGAUGGCUCUGGAACACGCUCACCUGAAAUCAUUCGUUGGAGAACUAACAACCGGCUUGAAUCACGAAAUCACAGAGGGAGGAGAGAAUUUGUCAGUUGGUCAGAGACAAUUGGUGUGUCUCUCUCGAGCGCUGUUGCGUAAAACUAAGGUGCUAAUUUUGGACGAAGCAACAGCUGCCGUCGAUUUGGAAACGGACGAAUUGAUUCAACGAACCAUCCGCACGGAAUUCAACGAUUGCACCAUUUUGACAAUUGCACAUCGGCUGAAUACGAUUAUGGACUCCGAUAAGGUCAUUGUACUGGACAAGGGGCAAAUAUCGGAAUUUGCGUCUCCGAUGGAAUUGUUACAGGACAGAGCAUCCGUCUUUUACGGUAUGGCGAAGGAAUCGGGAUUAGUGUGAAAGAAUCGGCUCUCUUUAAAAUUUUAAAAUUAAAUUUAUU